GGGGUUUCCGCAUCGACGAACCGACACCUAAACGCACCAAGCUAGCCUGACAGCUAGCUAGCUAGCCAGUUUAAAAACGCACAAAGAGUGUUGUUUUUCCUCUGACAGCCAACAUGGACUUAAACAACGUGUUGUCGCAGCUCGAAAGUUCUAACGAGGUGGACAUUGAGGAGCUUCUCAAGGUGUUUAAUCGAGAGAACAGCCACACCUUCACUUUCGACCCAAAGGAGGAAACGCUGCGCAGUAAGCUGUGCCAGAGUGUUCUGAUAGUGCUCGGGAUGCACGUGCAGCCCAGCUGUCAGAAGACGUGUCUGGAGACCCUCCGCAUCCUCUCCCGGGACAAGUGCGUCCUGACACCAGUCGCCACCCGGGACGGCAUGCUAACUCUGGCCAAGAUGGCCCGUUUGGGCACAGGGGAGACAGCGGGCGACGGCCAGGAGCCCCCGCAGCCAAGCGCGCCGGUGGCCGAGGAGGAGAGAGUAGUGGUGGUGGAGGCCCUGAAGUGCUUGUGCAACGUGGUGUACAACAGCGCGGCGGCUCAGCAGGUGAGCGUGGAUGUGAAACUGGCACACGGCCUGUGCGCUAGCCUGCACGCGGCCGCCGCGUGGCACCACGAGGUGGGCCUGUUCACGCUGCGCCUCCUCUUCCUGCUGUCGGCGCUGCGCUCGGAUCUGCGGGGGGAGCUGAGGAGAGAAAAGCAGGUGGUGAAGCGCCUGGCCGAGGUGCUGGAGCACACCCUGGACGUGAGGUGGGCUGGCACCUACGAGGCCGCCCUGCCGGACCCCCAGGCCCUGCCCCUGCCUGCAGAGGAAAAUGAGAGAGCAAUGGAAGCUCUCAAAGCUCUCUUCAACCUCACUGUGUGCAAUGUCGGUGGCAAGGAGGACGACCACCAGUACAGAGUCAUCGCGGCCAUCCUGCGCCAUGUGCUGAUGUUAAGGACCGAGACAGAGGAGAAAACGGAGGAAGCACACAGCCAUGCUGUCAAUCUGUUGAACAACCUGCCCGUGUCCUGCCUGGACGUUUUAAUCGACUUGCCCGUACGGGGAGGCGUGGAAGAAUAUGGCGGCAAAAACAUGGACGCCAUACAGGUGUUACUGGACUUCAUGGAGAAACGGAUCGACAAGGGCGCCAACUACAAAGAGGGUCUUACUCCUGUGCUCAGCCUGCUGACUGAAGGGUCCAGACACCACAGAGAGAUCCGCAGAUAUAUCAAAGCUCAGGUGCUUCCUCCACUCACAGAUGUGAAGAUCAGGCCAGAGGUGGGAACCACCACCAGGAACAAACUGGUGCGCCUGAUGACGCACGUGGAAAUGGCCGUCAAGCAGGCGGCUGCAGAGUUUCUCUUCGUCUUGUGUAAAGAGAGUGUGGACAACCUGUUGAAGUACACGGGUUACGGGAACGCGGCAGGACUCCUGAUGGCGCGAGGGCUGCUGGGAGGAGGGAGAGGGGAGACAGAGUACUCACCAGACGAAGACUCGGACACAGAAGAAUACAAAACUGCAAAACCUUUCAUCAACCCCAUCACCGGUCAUGUGGAGGAGCCCAUGCCCAACCCCAUGGAGGAGAUGACCGAGGAGCAGAAGGAGUAUGAAGCCCAGAAGCUUGUCAACAUGUUGGACAAGUUGUCGAGGCAGAGCUUGAUCCGUCCCAUGGGAGUCAAGCCAGACGGGACGUUAGCCCCCCUGGAAGAAACGCUGCAUGCGCCGCCUGGAGACGACGCUGGAUCGGACUCUGAUUAGAGCAAAACACGCCACAUGUCGGGAGUGGGCGGGGGCUGAGCCCAGAGAGGGAGGAAACGCCCCCAAGCUGUGUCACAUUUCAAGGCUGGAUCUUUCAGAUGACCUCAUGGAAGGUGGAUUCCUCUUUAGGAGCAUCUUGUGCUGACUCUGUCCUAAAGUUUAUUUUGACCAAUAGCAGCCAAGCACAACAAUACAAUUGCCUAUCAGAGUUAAGUGUGUGGGUCAUUCGGAACACAAACUAUUCUUUUUCGUAACGGUAGCAACAUAUCGGACUGUUUCCGUGACGUUAAAGACAAGUUGUCAUUUUUAUCUUGGUGAAUUGUCGCUUCCUAACUGGCUAUGGUUCUGUUUUUAGGUCUCAAUCAGAGAGUCCGUGGCUCGGCCCAGUUCAGUGUUGACCACACACAAGGAUUUGCCAUUGUCAAUAUUGUUUAUUUACAACUACAGGCCCCAACAGAACAAGGAAAAAUCCCUCUAAUACACCCACACCACAGGAUAAUCACUCAGGAUAAUCUUGCCAAGAAAUUUGAGAUUUAGGCUGACUUUGAUCACAAGGGAGGAAAAAUGCUCAAAUUUGGCCCGAUUGUCGGUAUACAUGCACCCCCCCUUUACCAAGCACCCAAUCAGAUUGCACUGAUGUCACCCCAGUGCUACCCACAGCCACUAGGUGGCAAUUCUCAAAAAGGGAUUCAGGGUUUUGAGUUAAAUGUCACAAUGAACUAACUGUGCACCUUUUCAGGUGAAAUUAAUUGGUUUAGACAAUGUCAAAUUUAAUUUAACGAGUAAAUAUUAUCAUUAAUUUUAGGUUCAUCCUGACGUUUCACCCGAAAGUCCCUAACUUUUAAUAAAUUGUAUUUUGGGAUUGCUACUGAUCUGCUGUGAGCUUUCAAAUGCUAUUAUGAAGGUUCUUAACAGCCAUUAAAUCAAUGUGGUUUAAAUACAGAAAAAGCACACACAAUAGUGUGUGGAUGUGAAUGGUCACUUACUCCAAACCUGUCAUUGAAAAAUCAUCUCAUGGGGGAAGCAAUGGUAGAUCAAUGGGUCCCAAAGCAUCCAGCCCCAGAGUGUGUAACACAGCUAAAAUGGCGGUCUCUGUUGAGGAGGACUUUGCUGAGGUCCCCUGCGACAGUGAAGAGACCUCACUGUUGCACCUUUUUUUUUUAUUUUUUUUAUUUGUUCCUAAAUUAAAGUGUUAUUCAAAUAGUUGAUUGAAUGGCAAUGCACUAAUCAUUCACCUGCAUAAUGUCUGUAGUUUACUGCCCCCCUCCCCCUGUUGUAUUUACUUAUUCAUUCAUACAUUAAAACAUGAUAUCUCUUGUGAGAGUGGGACAGACCUGCUCAGGUUGAGGUCUAUUUAGAACUGGGAACGUGUGGCUGUGAAUAGUUUUUGAUGCUCAAAGUCGUGUUUGUUCUCAUCAGCGUUAGCGAACAUGUACAAAAGAAAAUACAGUAUCUUGGCUUAUCAUUUUUUGGAGUAAUGAACUGUUGCUCGGUCAAUAUUUUAUUUGUGAUGUGAGCAAGAAUUUGAAUUAAGAGCGAGCUUUAGAUACACCACUGCUUGAAGUGGAAAAAAAAUGAUGCAAUGGUACUGUAAUGCCCUCAGAUGUAUGCAAGGAGAACCACAGUUAGCAAUGCAAUUUUGGGACAAACUGUCAAACACCUCAAUUCAAAAUGAGAACACUUCCAAGGAGCUUCUAUCAUCCACGACUCCAGCUCACAAACAGCUCCUGACAACAAGCAACAUUAAUUAAAAUCACAGUACUACUGUAAUUUCUAAAUACAACUUUGGCUACAUGAGGCCUCAAACACUGUUCCAGACAUUCCUUUCAUUCCAUGGACUUUGAUGAUGGUGAACUCCAUGUCUAACAUCUUGCAUACAUAAUUCAAUUCAUACAGCAUGUCCCCCCUCCCCCUCCACGGGGAGAAUGUGUUCUUUUUGCACACUUUUACAUGAUGUAAAUCUCACUAUUUAUUUUAUGUAGUGAACCUAUCACUGAAACAAAAAACAACAAAAAAAGGCAUUAAAAAAUAUAAAUUGUCA